GAUCAGCUUCCUUCCCGGAAUCCUAACAUUAACAAUCAGUGGGGAAAAUGCAAAACUGGCCCAAGAUCAGCAUCUAGGGUCAACUUCACCCUACUCCACACCUCCCAUUCGGAGGCGGAGCCCCGAAGUCCCUUUACUUGAAAUUGAACACAGUUGAAGGUACUGCAUCAUUCUGCCAGCCUCACAGAUAGAAUUUUAAGGUCUUUGGAGUGGGAGUAGAUCGUCAGCUGGACAAAGCUUUUUUGAAGAAUGGCGUCGAGGUGCCCCAGAUGCACAAAAGAUGUGUUUUUUGCUGAGAAAGUGAGCUCGCUGGGGAAGAACUGGCACCGGUUCUGCCUGAAAUGCAAACGCUGUAACAAAACCCUGUCGGCUGGCAACCACGCUGAGCAUGAUGGACUGCCCUACUGUCACAAACCAUGCUACGGAACUCUCUUUGGACCCAAAGGUGUGAACAUCGGAGGGGCAGGCUCCUACAUCUACGACACUCCUCAACCCACCUUCGACUGCCCCUCCGAGGGAUCCCCCACCACACCAUGGACCACCAUGCAGAUCACCUGGAACCAGCCCAAAGUUCUUCCCCCUCCAACCAGGACAUUUGCUGGAGAGACCUCACUCUGUCCUGGCUGUGGGAAAGUGGUCUAUUUCGCAGAGAAGGUGAUGUCCCUGGGUAGGAACUGGCACAGACCGUGCCUGCGCUGUGAGAGGUGUAAGAAGACACUGACCUCUGGUGGACAUGCUGAGCAUGAAGGGAUACCUUACUGCCACGUCCCUUGCUAUGGCAUCCUGUAUGGACCAAAAGGAGUGAACAUCGGCAACGUGGGCUGUUACAUCUAUGAGAAAGAAGGCAUGGCGCAAACUGAAAUACCCAGCCAGUCCUAGCCACACACUGAAAGUGAGAUGAAUGUAAAUAGCCAAUA